CUCAUCUUUCCGUCUCGCACAAGUCUCAAUAAUGGCAGCGGACGCAUCUCUCUCGCCAGCAGCGAAAUCCCUGGUGUCCGCGACCGCGGGCUUCGAUGCGCUGUUCAAGAACGACAACGUUGGCGCGCGUGCGGCAUUCAGUGCCCCCUCCGACCCUUCGCCGUUCCACCUCCUCGGGCUCGGCGCCGUAGCGUUUCUCGAGGCUGCGCUGGGGAUGGAGCCGGGCCUCAUGGCUGAGGCGACGAAGAUUCUGCAGAGUGCAGAGCAGGGCGCCAAGCGGGCUGAGGCGGAGGCUAGGAAGGCGGGGUCCGCUACGGGGUCUGCACGUACGAAGGGUGGAGUCGACGGCCACGGCGACGGUGGGGGGCGCUUCGUGCCUGGUGUAGAAUGGGAGAUUCUGCACGCUGAUACGGUGGUGCUGUUAGGUCUGACGCAGGCUUUGUCUGAAUCCUAUAUGGGCUAUCUCCAGUGCUUAUACUCGCUCAAUGCUGCGCACGGCAAGUUCACGAAGCUUUACAAGGCGGUCUUCCCAUCAGGACUAGACGGAUACCGCACCCCCGCACCCUCACACGCCCCUUCCCGAUCAUCGUCCAUCCCCCCCACACCCAGUCAGAGCAAAUUCCUCUCAACCACCGAUCCAGACUCCGACCCCCAGCACACGAUCUCGAAAGCCACCUCGCUCUUAUCGCUCGCGUCAGGCAGCAGUGGAUCCUACCCGUCACCGAACGGCAGCACCGCGACGCUUUCCGUUCCGCCAUCGGGGGCAACCUCGCCGCUGUCCUCGUCUUCGACGACAUCGCUCUCGGCAGCCCCCGCACCGAAGAAGGGCGGGGGCGGUCUGUUUGGGAGGUGGGGCAGCGCCAGUCUGCUGAGUGUCGCGUCGUCGGCGCCGCGUUCGCCGGAGGCUGAGCGUGAGAAGAAGGCACGGGAAGAGGAGGAGCGGUGGCAGAGAGAACGGCCGGCGGAGGGUCCCGUCGAGGAGAUGGUCGUUGCUGGUUCCGCGUUCGGGUACGGGUUGUUCAAUCUGGUGUUCUCGUUACUCCCGAAGCGUGUCCAGUCGGUCGUGGGCAUCUUCGGCUUCAAAUACGACCGCGCACUGGCAUUGCAAGCGCUAGCUAUCAGCGCCGGCGUCCAUACGCUAAUAGAAGGUGAUGGUGGUACGGCCUCAGCAGGGACAGACGUACACGGCGUCUUUGCUGGUCUGACUCUGAUGACAUUCCACGGUGUGGUGCUCCUGCUUUCAGGGUAUCAAGCCGACGAAGCCAAGACUGUUCGUACAUACAAAACGAUCGUCGAUUCUAUUCAAGCAAGGUACCCCACUGGUGCGCUAUGGGUUCUCAAUAGGGCCAAGAUACUCCGCAUGACAGGCGAACCGGACGAAGCCAUAAGCGUUUUACAAGCUGCCUUGAGUGCAGAAGACAACGGAGACGUGAAACGAUUCGUGCAGGCGGAUACGUUGCUCGUAUUUGAGCUGGCAUGGACGCUUCUUUCUCAGCGACAGUUUGAAGAAGCGGCCGAAGCAUUCAUCCGAAUGACAGCUUUGAACUCGUGGUCGCAUGCAACAUACUUCUUCAUUGCGGCAGGCUGCUUCUUGGCUGUCGGUGAGAAAGCCAAGGCUCAGGAGCUCAUCGACAAGAUUCCAGAUCUGGUAACAAAGAAGAAAGUCGGCGGGAAGGAUCUACCGACGGAAGUCUUCAUUAAGAAAAAGAUGGAGUUCUGGAAAGAGAAAGCCAAGCGACAUAACAUCGAUGCGACGAAAUUGGUCGAUGUCAUUGGGAUCAAUCCAGCUUGGGAAAUGGGACUGUUCUGGAACUUGCACCAAAGGACCACGAAUGAAGUAGCCACAGCUUGCAUCAAGGACCUAGCAUCAAUAGCGCCUUCAAUAUCGGUGGUUUCACCGGUCCUCGAUGGAACUCCGCCGCAGAAAACAUUGGCUGAGCUCGACACACCCGACGAGCAAGCACUGCGUUCUCUCCUCCUCGGGGUCAUGCACCGGACACUCGGGCUUUUCGGCCCGGCUCGUGAACUGUUGGAAAGUGCACGUGCCACUGGUUCUCACGCGAAAGUGAACACGUGGGUCCCAGGGGUGGCACUGUUCGAGGAGGCAGUGUUGGUGUUGAAAGUUGAGGACAGUGUCCGUGCGCUGGACGAAGCGGACAAGUUGCUUGAUCAGGCCCAGAGCCAUGCUGCCAAGAGCGAGAUCGAUCUGAGCUCCCGGUUGGACAGUCGCAUUGCUUUGCUGAGAGAUGAGAUUGGGAAAAAGAGGGCCGCUAGCUGAGACGAUGCAGUAUCAUAUACUUCCGCGCACUGCGUCAUAGAGGAUUGAUUGUUAGACAUCUGGCUUGAUGGGUACCACGGACUAGAAAAUCGGCCCUCAUCGAAGUCCUAUCCGAGGUAAAAUUGAAAUCUUCUCUGCCAGUAA